GGGCGGAGACGGCAGGAAGCGCAGCGCCGCGUCGCAUCCAGCGAGCCUGGGACUCUGGGAGCCAGCUGGAGACGCCGGCGUCCGUCCCGCCGGGCCGCGGUGACCAGGCGCGGGUAAAGGCCUAGUUGGCUCGAGCGCCCCUCCGACCCCGGCUGGGCCGCUGCGCUUGGCCCCGGCAAGGGCGCGCCGGGAGCCGGGACGGGGGAACUGGAGAGCAGGUGGUAAGUCUCCCAGGUUCUGACCUUCUCUCCCAGGAUGAGGUGGGGCUGCUAUUUACCCAGAGCCUCUUGGUACUCUGGUCUGGGAAGAACAUCUCAGCCACCAGAUGAGUGUCUCCCCUUCCUGACCCACUGGAGUUGGCCCCUUAAAGGGGAGCGUCCCCUUGGACCCCUUAGGGCCUUUAUACGCCACCAUGGAAGCUCAGCGGACAGUGCUUCCCCAUCAGGAAGGCAUGGACAGGUGUUCCGGAGCAUCUCUGCAGCUGAAGCUAUCCAGCGGCACCGCAGGAAUCUGGCCGAGUGGUUCAUCCGGCUGCCCAGGGAGGAACGCCAGUUUGGUCCAACCUUUGCGCUAGACACAGUCCAUGUUGACCCUGUGAUUCGUGAGAGCACCCCUGAUGAGCUGCUUCGCCCAUCUGCAGGGCUGGCCCAGGAGCAUCAGCCACCCCCAGCUGGGCUCCCUGCACUGGCCCUGUCUCAGCUCUUUGACCCGGAUGCCUGUGGGCGCAGGGUGCAGACAGUAGUGCUUUAUGGGACAGUGGGUACAGGCAAGAGCACAUUGGUGCGCAAGAUGGUCCUGGACUGGUGUUAUGGGCGACUGCCAGCUUUUGAGUUACUCAUCCCCUUCUCCUGUGAAGACCUGUCAUCCCUGGGCCCCACCCCCACCUCUUUGUGCCAACUUGUGGCCCAGCGCUAUACUCCCCUGAAGGAGGUUCUGCCCCUGAUGACUACUGCUGGGUCCCGCCUGCUGUUUGUGCUCCAUGGCUUAGAGCGACUCAACCUUGACUUCCGCUUGGCUGGUACGGGGCUUUGUAGUGAUCCCGAGGAACCAGGGGCACCAGCUGCCAUCAUGGUCAACCUGCUGCGCAAAUACAUGCUGCCUGAGGCCAGCAUUCUGGUGACAACCCGUCCCUCUGCCAUUGGCCGCAUCCCCAGCAAGUAUGUGGGCCGAUAUGGCGAGAUCUGCGGCUUCUCUGAUACCAACCUGCAAAAGCUGUAUUUCCAGCUCCGUCUCAACCAGCCAGACUGUGGGGAUGGCGCUGGGGGUGCGGGUGUCUCAGCCACACCAGCUCAGCGGGACAACCUGGUACAGAUGCUCUCCCGAAAUCUGGAAGGGCACCACCAGAUUGCCGCCGCCUGUUUCCUGCCCUCCUAUUGCUGGCUUGUCUGUGCCACCUUGCACUUCCUGCACGCCCCCACACCUGCCGGCCAGACCCUCACAAGCAUCUAUACCAGUUUCCUGCGCCUCAAUUUCAGUGGAGAAAUGCUGGAGAGCACUGACCCCUCCAAUUUGUCCCUGAUGGCCUAUGCAGCCCGAACCAUGGGCAAGUUGGCCUAUCAAGGGGUGUCCUCCCGCAAGACCUACUUCUCUGAAGAGGAUGUCCGAGGCUGCCUGGAGGCUGGCAUCAAGACGGAGGAGGAGUUUCAGCUGCUGCACGUCUUCCGUCGGGAUGCCCUAAGGUUUUUUCUGGCCCCGUGUGUGGAGCCAGGCCACCUGGGCACAUUCGUGUUCACCGUGCCUGCCAUGCAGGAAUACCUGGCCGCCCUCUACAUUGUGCUGGGUUUACAUAAGACGACCCUGCAGCGGGUGGGCAAGGAAGUGACUGAGGUCGUGGGCCGUGUGGGAGAGGACGUCAGCCUGGUACUAGGCAUUGUAGCCAAGCUGCUGCCCCUGCGGAUUCUGCCUCUGCUCUUCAACUUGCUCAAGGUGGUUCCACGAGUGUUUGGGCGCAUGGUAGAUAAAAGCCGGGAGGCAGUGGCCCAGGCCAUGGUGCUAGAGAUGUUCCGAGAGGAGGACUACUACAAUGAUGACGUUCUAGACCAGAUGGGUGCCAGUAUCCUGGGUGUGGAAGGCCCCCGGCGGCACCCUGAUGAGCCCCCUGAGGAUGAAGUCUUUGAGCUCUUCCCCAUAUUCAUGGGGGGCCUCCUCUCUGCCCACAACCGUGCUGUGUUGGCUCAGCUUGGCUGCCCCAUCAAGAACCUGGAUGCCUUGGAGAAUGCCCAGGCCAUCAAGAAGAAGCUGGGUAAACUGGGCCGGCAGGUGCUGCCCCCGUCGGAGCUUCUUGACCACCUCUUCUUCCACUAUGAGUUCCAGAACCAGCGCUUCUCUGCUGAAGUGCUCAGCUCCCUGCGCCAGCUCAACUUGGCAGGUGUACGUAUGACACCUCUUAAGUGCACAGUGGUGGCAGCUGUACUGGGCAGUGGAAGACAUGCUCUGGAUGAGGUGAAUUUAGCUUCCUGCCAGCUGGAUCCUGCUGGGCUGCGCACUCUCAUGCCCGUCUUUCUACGUGCUCGGAAGCUGGGCUUGCAGCUCAACAGCCUGGGCCCCGAGGCCUGCAGGGACCUCCGAGAUCUGCUACUGCAUGACCAGUGCCAAAUUACCACCUUAAGGUUGUCCAACAACCCACUGACUGCAGCGGGUGUUAGCCUGCUGAUGGAGGGCCUAGUAGGAAACACCUCGCUGACACACCUGUCCCUGCUGCACACGGGCCUUGGGGAUGAGGGGCUGGAGCUGCUGGCUGCCCAGCUGGACCGCAAUCAGCAGCUGCAGGAGCUGAAUGUGGCCUACAAUGGUGCUGGUGACACAGCAGCCCUGGCCCUGGCCAAGGCUGCCUGGGAGCACCCUUCGCUGGAGCUACUGCAUCUCUACUUCAAUGAACUCAGCUCAGAGGGCCGCCAGGUUCUUCGGGACCUGGGAGGCACUGCUGAAGGCAAGGCCCGGGUUGUGGCAUCGCUGACAGAGGGGACAGCAGUGUCGGAGUACUGGUCAGUGAUUCUCAGUGAAGUCCAGCGGAACCUCAACAGCUGGGAUCGGGCCCGGGUUCGGCGCCACCUUGAGCUUCUGCUGCGGGACCUCGAGGACAGCCGAGGUGCCACCCUUAAUCCUUGGCGCAAGGCUCAGCUGCUGCGAGUGGAGGGCGAGUUCAGGGCCCUCCUGGAGCAGCUAGAAGGCCCUGGAAGCUGAGACAGUGGCAGCUGAGACCCGGCUGUGGGACCACUGGCUCCAAAACCCUUCCUCUGUGACCUCCUGGCUUGUUCUACUCCUUCUAGAAUGAUCCCUUCAAGGCUGGUGGCAAAGCAAUGGGCACAGCUCUGUGGGUUGCCACCCUGGGACAUGUCCAACUAAGUCUAGAUUUCCAGGGUCAAAUACGGUCCAUUGAUACCACAGACUUAAAAAUCGAGUGUGUCUCCUCUCCCUUUGGCUUGAAGAACUGAGGAUGUGGCAUUUGGAUGACCAGAUUGCCCUGUGGCAUCACCACCAAUUUUGAUUCUCCCUCUGCUCAGAGAGCCUCUGAUUGUACCACCAAAGGGUUCACUUCUUAAACCUUCCCUGCUGGGGGUGUUGCCAUUCAGGAGAUGUGCUGGAGGGCCUCUCCUCCUGCCUGUGUUUACUGUGACACUGAGGACGCCCUCACGUUGGUGCUUUCCCCCACACUCAUGCUCCUGUAUCACACUGGUUCCCAUGGCUUGGUGGCCCAAGGGCCAGGUAUACCCAACUUGCUGCUAUUAAAAAGCCUCAUGUCUUCUA